GAAAAGGAGCAACUUGUCAGUUUCUCAGUGGAAAUACAGAAAUGCAAGCAGGGAAAAAUGUGCAAUGAUAAUCUGUCGAACCCUGAGAACCUUACUCGCCUUCUGAGAGCUGGUAGAUAAUGGACCAGUGGGGAAGAUGUUGGUUUUAAUACUUAAAUAUUCUGGCUCCUGUAUUUAGUACAAAGGUAAGAUGAUGGCAUGUUCAGAUUCUAUGCUCAGGUGACUGACUGCCCUGUCACCUUCUGUAACAAACUGGGCCUGUUUCUGUAGCCACAGUCAUUUGGAUCAGUAGGGAUGGAAAAAAUAGGAGCUACAGCUUUGUGUCUGCUGCUGAAUAUACAUUUAUGUACUUCCCAGCUCCUUUUCAGAUGGAGUGUGAACCUGGAAAGCUAACAGGGCUUUGAUCCAAGUUUGGCAGAUAAUGUUGACCGUAAUGCUAGAGAUCUGAGGUUGGUAUUGAUCACGUUUCACCAUGUUCCUUCCUAACUUACCAUUUCACUGCAGGGUCAGUGCUCUGUCCUCUGUUUUUCCUGCUUCCUCUCACAGCCAGGCACUAAUGCAAAGAACUGCAGCAAGCAGGAUGAUUUAACAGGACACCUGAACUGUAUCUGGCUGCCUGUCUAAGCCAAAAAGCAGAGAUCUCGUAGCAGAAACAUCUGAAUCUAAAAUUUAAGACAAAACUACUCAUGUUUUCAGAGCAUAAAGAACUGAUAUGAGGGUAUUUUCGUACUUUAUUACAUCUUUUUCUGAAGGAACCCAUGAAGCAUCUAAUCUUCAUAUCAACUUUAAAAAAUGCUAACGAAAUUCUUCUGAUAAUGAACCAGAGCGUUCCCCUUUUGAUACACUUCAUCCUUUCCCAAACCUCUUUUGGUGCAAAUGUGAUUUGAAACAAACCUCAGUUCUCUUUGCUAUGAAGUUCUUACUUGGAGGGGAAGGCUGGGGUGGCAGAGGGUUGCAGGAGGAGGUGGUGUCCAUGAGGUUUGGAUCUGAGGAGGAUGCUCGCCUUCCUUGACAAGGGCAACUCUCUUGGAAGACUUACCAGGUUUUAACAGGCAGUUCUGCCUGUGAAGACCACACACUGCUCCUAGUCCACCGCUGUAAGUAUACACUCAGAAAACAAGGAUGCCAUGGAGCUGCUCUGGCUGCAUUUCAGAGCAUUUUAGUCUCAAAAGAUUGAGGCCCUUGUUUCUUUGCUGCACCCACCCUUGAAAGACCACUGCCACCCCUGCACACUGAGAGGAGAGCAAAGCCCUCCAGUGGUCAGCUUGGUUUUGGGGUUAGCUCCCCCAAUGGCUCCUUGUGUCUGGCCGUGGGAUGCCUGGCCAGAGGGAAGGCAUUUCAGGAGCAUCCCUAUGUCCACUGAGAAGGACUUGCCAAGAACAGCUCCUGUGUGCACUGGCCUGGCAGGGUGACUGAUGCCUAAUGGCUGGGCUGCCUAUGGGGUUUUAGGCACAACUUAGAGGGUGGAGCUGCCUUCAGGAGGAGGUGUGCUCCACAAGCCGGAGCGAGUGAGUCUCUGCUGGGGUUUGCACACACUCCAUCCACUUGCUGUUGUGAAGUAAAUUCUUUAUUUUUUAAUCUUUUAAAUCUUUCUUAACCUGGCUGGACAAAAUUUUAUUGCACCAGUGAAAUUCCCAAGUUGUUUCAUACUUCGAAGAGUUUUAAGAAUUUCUGGUGACGCUUUUCCCGAGGGAAGCCAUGCCCUACCACAGAGUCCUUCGCCUGGUCCUGCUAAUGCUGUGUGGCAUCCUGGUCCCUGCUGUGCUGGCAGGUAAGGAGUUUUGUUUGCAUUUCAAGCACAAAAGCAUGGGUGGUCUUUUACUAACCUGCCUGCCUCUCCUCUAUUGCAUACCUCCUCUCCCUCCUCUAAAAAAAUCUGGUUUUAUUGAGUUAUAAUUAAUGGAAACUAGUUUUGGGAUCACUUGUGGUGAGAAUGUGUUCACCACCCUGAGACGAAGCUGCUGCUGGGGAGAACAUAAUUUGUAAUUUUUCCUAAGCAGAAGAGCAGUAGCACCUACGUGAGCGUUAGUGGCAGUAGUAGAUCAGGACAUGUAGAUGGAAAGUUCUCAGCAGCUGAUGGGAUAGCUUGUUUGUUAGCUUCUAAUGGCAGGAAGAAGCUACAGUGAUGAAAAGGAACACUUUUCUCUGGCUAAAGCAUAUGUGCCAGUUUUUGGUUCCUUCUAUGCUUCCUGCUACAGCAGAGCACAACUGCUGCUGUAAGUAGAAGUGGGAAAGUGUCUAUGAAUACUCAGCUUGGUUGAAAGCUGAGGUGUGCAUCUAAAUGGAAUUUGUCUGGAGCUGGAUGUGCUGGGGCAGGUGGCAGUGCUGGGAAGUGUGUAUGUGGCUCUGACUCAAGUUCAGUGAGGUGAUGGGAACAGGAAUAGGUGAGACACUGAUUCUGUAAGGCACUGUUUUUUAAGGAGAUGACUAGUAAUUCCAGCCUUAUCUGCUCCUGCCUUCGGAAACUCAUGAGGAGCUGCUUCCCUCAAAGCCUCUUUCUUUAAGUGGGGGUGAGGCUGAAGGAACCACUCAGGCAAAGAAAAUAGGCAAGAGCACAGUGCUUGUUUUCCUGAAUUCUCAUCCUGCCUUCCAAGAUCUGGAGCAAAGCUGGAUCACAGUCCCCUCCCAAUUUAUGAGCAUCUUGCCCAGCAGGGAGAUCCUGACCAGCCAUCCGUUUCUUAUUAAAGGAGCUUUCACGUGACUAGGGGAAUUUAUCACUGCACCUAGCUUGGUACAUGAACAGAAUUACUGUGGCUGAUAUCCCCCACAGAUCCUUCCCUUCUAGGAUGCCUUCUUGCUAGGAAACCUUUAAAAUAACCAAGAAAUGAGCACUAAGAAGUGAUGUUUUCGCUGUCUAAACCCCAAGCUUUUAUGUCUGUAUAGUGGAACAUUAAUUGCUGAAGCACAGUUUGUUUGUAGCUUGCUUGUGCUCCCAGAAGCAGUGUCAGUGCUCCUCCCCAAAACCAGAUAAGGUCUUAACUGGUAACAGUACUUCACUGCAGAAAGUGAUUCAUUCCCAUGAAAACUUCACCUGCUUCCUUCCUGAGCUAGGAUUCCUUUUACACUGUUUUGUUUCCAGUAUUUGGUAUGUAUUUGCUCUGCCCCUGGCCUUGCCAGCUUUCCUAUGUAUUCGCCCUCGGCUCAGCAUCACAGCCAUAGUCUGUAGCUGUCAUUGCCUCUGUGUGUCACUUUGCUCCUGUGAAAUACUCCACAUUCACUUCAUUCCUUUCCUGGGUGAGUCACACGUGUGCAGCAAGGCCAGUAGCUCUCGAAGAGCUUUGUACUGAUGAAUGCAGCAUUUGGAUCCUGGAGUGCAGGAGAGUCUCCAUGCUUCCUUUGUGGCAUUUUAGAGGCUAGAGGCCUUUAAGAAGUUUGUUCUCUACUACCUCAAAGCAGGACAUGAGGGACCAGCAUGUACAGUAAGCCAUCCCAGGAGCACAAUGAUUUUCUGCUGCAUUGGAAGUGAAGUUACCUGCCCCCAAAAUGGGGCUUUUAGUGCACAGUGGAGUUUUUUCUGCUUUUCACCCCAUUAGCAAAGGAAAUUUCCUGCCUUGGGCAGACAAAGAAGGGAAGGGCAUGCAGACAGCCCUCUGCUCUCCUGCGUACACAUGCAGCCCUGCCUUUCUGUAAACAAGUUUAUUUAACAUUCAUCAGAACCGCAGCGCUCUGCGCUGCUCCACACUCCAGCUCCGGCUUUCGCACAUCACAGGCUGCCCUUUGUGCUCCCCAUGAAGGCCUCUUUUCAUCCUUGCCCUGGCCCUGUGCCCGCUGGAGCCACCUGGGGCUGGACAGCCCAUUGCUGGCCUCAGGGUUCACCCAGCCUCUGCCCUCCCAUCUCGGCACCUUGUGCCUUCCAUGGCAAAGCCCUCCAUGGGGGGCAGGAGCAGAAUCUGCCUUGGAGGGAGCUGUAGCUGAUGCCAACCUUGCAGACCCCACGUCUGGAAUGAGUCUUCCCAUCUUCAUUGGGCUUAAUUUUAUCACAGUGGGGUCUUGGAGCUACCUGGUACCAGAAGCCUUGUCAGAGCACCUGCAGGGCCCAGUACCCACCCUCUGGAACGAGCCUCCUGAGCUGCCCUCUGGAGCUGGCCCCAUGGACACCACCACAGCCCGGCUCUCGGAUGCCACAGCCUUCCCCGUGUACACGUCUGAGCUGGAGCCUGAGGACACCACUCACCUGCACCGGCUGGAUGCUGGGAAUGGGUCACUGGGACCUGGAGCUAUUGGUGCCAUUGUCAUCGCCUCCCUCCUGGGCACCUCUGUGCUUGUGGCCUUGGUCAUCAUCACGCUGAGAAAGUUCUCUGCCUCCUGAACUCAAUAAAAGGUUUCUCUGUAACACACCA